AGACUCAGUAUGACUUUCAUUAGUUAAAUUAGUUACAGUAAAGCAAGUCAAAGGUGACUAGUACCCAAUGGAAGUAGAUGCGGCAAAAUAUAUUUCUUCGGUGACUUACUCUGCCCACAAGGGGGCAAUGGAAGGUAAAUGGCUAAGAUUGCACAGGAUAAAUACAUUUCCAGGGUAAUGGAGUAUGCAUAGUUACAUGAUCUCGUAAACAUGGUCUCUUAAAAGAAAGUAAAAUUAAAUUUAAAUACUACAGAAAACGUAAGAAUUUUAUGUAUUACGUAAUGUAAACAGACGUCGAAUGGUCAGUUUAAAUGCCCGCCAUUAAAACUACAGUAUUUUUUUCUCUUUUUACAUAAAAAAAUAGUUGGAUCCUGCUUUACAGUUCUGGCAGGCACCAGGAGGGGCUCGAUAAUCGGCUUAAAAAACGCAUCGACGAUACUCAGUUUAUCAUGUUUUAGCUCUUACAGCAGCCAAAUCUUUCGGUGUUGAACGAUCAACUACAAAAAUAUAAUGCUAUCCUGCGGUUCUGCUUAAUUUAAUUUUUUUUAAAAGUCUUUUUAUGCUAUCAGACCCGUAAUCUAUGCACGUUAAAGAGCAAGUCCGGGUCACUUAAAAAGCAGAACGUAAACCGCAGUUUCUGCAGGAUUAAACCCAAAGUGGGUGCACCUAUAUCAUGCAGUCCUCUGCACUGUUUGUUCUUGUCCUUUUUGCAGGAGAUUAUUUUCCCCCAAAAUAUAUUUGAUUCGGUCCAAGGAUGUCGAAACUGUAAACGUGCCCAGGGAUGUGAUUCUUGCAUUUAAGAACUCAUCCUGACCGUAGGCGUGGUUAGGUCGCCGUGGUCGUGGUUCCCCGGCUUCUCAUUGGCUGCCAUUUGCGUGUCCUCCUGAUUUCAUUGGACAGCGGGGCGCAGCUUUGGGUGAAUUCGGAAAAGCAAGGGGGUCCCAUCUUGACGUUCUGUUUUGCGUUUAACCGGACCGAGAGUAAUUCCCGUCUUGGUCUUUUUUCCUCCUUCCUUUAUGCUGCGUUUUUGCAGGUUUUCAAUAUGAUGAAGUUUAGGUUCAAACGGCAAGGGAACGAUACCCAGAGAGAAAAAGCGAAACAAGAUGUCUUUGCAUUUAACAAGCAGACAGUUGAGCAUGGGUUUCCAAGUCAACCCAGUGCCCUGGCUUAUGACCCCAUCUUACGACUCAUGGCCAUUGGUACAAAGUCCGGAGCAGUAAAAAUAUAUGGUGCACCAGGGGUGGAGUUUGUGGGCCGCCAUGUCCCGGGGGGCACAAUUACACAGAUGCAUUUUCUCCUUGGCCAGGGGCGGCUCCUCUGCCUGCUGGACAAGAACACACUGCACCUUUGGGAGAUUAGCCCGGGAGACAAGGGCUCAUACCUGGAUAAGAUCCUCAGCAUCACUCUUCCUGGGCGACCAGGUGUUGAGGGUGUCAGGGCCUCCCGUGUGACCGCGUUGCUGCCAACACGUCGCUGUGACCUCCUGUGCAUGGGCACGGAAGGCGGGGCUGUCCGCACCCUGGCAUUGCCCAGCCUGGCUGCACUGGAGGCCCGGAUGCUGCUCCAGGACCAGGUCCUGCAGAGUGUACCAGAUGAGUACAAAUGUGGCAGGUCCUUGGGGCCUGUGGAAUCCCUUCAAGAGCACCCACGAUAUCCUGGGAAGAUCCUCAUUGGUUACAGCAGAGGUCUGGUGGUGCUGUGGGACCUGAACACAUGGCAGAUGGAUGCUCUCUUUCUAGGGAACCAGUCGCUGGAGAGCCUGUCCUGGGAACGAAGUGGCAGGAACUUCGUCAGCUCGCACAGCAACGGCAGCUACGUACUGUGGGCCGUCGGUGGCAGCAGAUGUCCUCCUGUGUGCCGGCCCAUGUCCUGUACCAGGCCAUACGGCCCCAGCCCGUGCAAAGCCAUCAGCAAGAUCCUCUGGAGGACGUCAGAGUCAGGAAUUCCCCUAGUUCUCUUCAGUGGUGGGAUGUCCCGUGCCAGCUACGGAGACCGCCAUUGUCUGACAGUCAUGCAGGGGGACACCCAGGUUGCUCUAGACUUCACGUCCCGCAUCAUUGACUUCUUCACUGUUCACCACACAGAAGAUGGAGACAGGUUCGAUGACCCGACUGCUUUGGUGGUCCUGCUAGAGGAAGAGUUGAUUGCAUUUGACCUCCAGACCACUGGGUGGCCCGUGAUCCCGUCACCAUACCUCGCCUCACUGCAUUCUUCUGCCAUCACCUGCUCUUACCACGUGUCUAACGUGCCGCAUAAGCUGUGGCAGAGGGUGGCUGCCGCCGGCCGGCUCCAGUCUCCACCACAGACCGCCAUGAAAUGGCCAAUCAGCGGCGGGAACAGCUUCGCUUCCGAACCGAAGCAGAAGGACCUGCUGCUCACAGGCCAUGAGGAUGGCACUGUGCGUUUCUGGGAUGCGUCAGGAACGUCUCUCACCCCCCUGUACAAACUGAGCACUGCCAGCAUCUUCCAGACAGACGGUGACCAUGGCGACAGCUCGGCUCAGGAGGAGGAGUGGCCCCCCUUCAGGAAGGUUGGGUUGUUUGAUCCAUACAGCGAUGACCCCAGACUUGGUGUGCAGAAGAUCUCUCUCUGUAAAUAUAGCGGCAGGCUUGUUCUGGCUGGUACAGCUGGGCAGGUCCUGGUCAUGUGCCUGAAUGAGGAGUGGUCUGAUCAUGUGAUCAGCAGUUCUGUCGUAGACCUGCUUCAAGACAGGAAGGGUUUUACCUGGAAGGGUCAUGACCGGCUCGACCCAAAGGCUGGCCGAAUCCGCUUCAUGCCUGGCUUCCAGCCUGUGGUUCUGGUGCAGUGCAUCCCGCCAGCAUCCGUCACAGCGGUAGCCCUUCACGCCGAGUGGAACCUGAUCGCCUUUGGCACAAGCCAUGGCUUCGGCCUAUUUGACUACCACUUUCGUUGCCCCGUUGUGGCGAGGUGCACCUUGCAUCCCACGGACACCAUGGCGAUGGAGGGGCCACUGUCCCGCAUCAAGUCCCUCAAGAAGUCCCUGCGUCAGUCUUUCCGGAGGAUCCGUAAGAGCCGCCUCUGUGGGCAGAGUCGGCUGCUCGUCCAGGGUCUGGCUGGCAAGGACUCCAGCAAACAGCUGGGAGAGCAAGGGGGCUCCCGUGAUGCGGACAUGGCCCCGGUACAGCGGCGGAUCGAGGCCCGUUCCGCUGAGGACUCCCUCUCCGGUGUGGUGCGAUGCCUGUGCUUCGCGGACACCUACCUGAGAGACGCGGCUCAGCGCGGACCUACGCUGUGGGCAGGCACAAACGCGGGCUGCGUCUUCGCCUACGCAUUGAAGGUACCCCUGAGGUCCGGCUCCUGGGGUGGGGCUGUGGAAGCCAUCCUGAGCAAAGAGAUCCAGCUGAUGCACCGGGCCCCCGUGGUGGGCGUGGCGGUACUGGACGGGCAGGGCAACCCACUGUCAGAGCCCUACCAGGCUUCGCGGGAUCCCGCCACAUCCCUUGAUGUGCAGGCCAGCCACUCUGUCCUCAUUGCCUCUGAGGAACAGAUAAAGGUGUUCUCCCUCCCCAAGAUAACGAUGAAGGCCAAGCUGAAGCUGACGGCGACUGAUGGCUGCCGCGUCCGCAAGGUGGCGCUAGCGAGUCUGGCCGGGGGCCAUGCCCUGCUGUGCCUCACCAACCUGGGCGACGUGCAGGCGUUCAGCGUGCCCGGCCUGCGCCCCCAGGGCCGAGAGAGCUGCAUCCACAGGGAGGACGUCAGCGGCAUGGCCUCCUGCGUGUUCACCAAGACCGGCCAGGGUUUCUACCUAAUUUCCCCCUCUGAGUUUGAGCGGUUCUCCCUAUCGACGUGCCAGGUUUCCUCCCCGCUCUGCUCUGUGGAGGUGCAGCGGAACAGCCGAACCGCUGUGCCAAGUACGCCACCUCGGCGCAGUGGGACACCCUCAGCCCAGUCUACCGGGGGCCCCCCUUCCUUGGGAGGACAGGAUGGGGUCCGAAUCUCCCCUGGCUUCAGCUGUGGUGACACCACGAUGGACACCACCGGGGACCUCACAAUUGAGGACGUCAAAGACUUCCUGGCGUCGGUAGAUGAAGUGGAGAACAACUUGAGGAACAGGUCUGCAGAUGACUGGCAUUCGGCUGGAAUCCUCAUCAACGGAACCGUGUGGAAUGUCCUGUGAAGACAUCUGCCUGACAGCACGUCAUGCUGAGUGAUGGAAGGAGCUCGUCACCCCCAAAAGCCUGAGGAAGAUCAAGUCACAAACAGGCAGUAUUUAUUUCCAUGCUUAGAGUUCAUUUGGGUGAGUGGUCCAGUGGAAAUGCCCUGCCUCUCUCAGCACCUCCAUCCAAUUAUCUGGCUUCCAGGGCUCAUUCAUGAGCCAAUCGGAAUGGAGGACUCUCUCGAACCAAGGGAAUAUUAUUGUACUGUGGCACUUAAACUGUAUAGGUUCAUCAUGAUGAUAUUAUGAUUUGCUUUUAAACAUGUUUUUUUUUCUAUGUUGUGAUAACCAGCUAAUAACCAGUUUUUAAUAAAUAUUAAUAGUAUCCCACCUUGUCAAGUUUUUAAAAACUUAAGUGUGACAUUUUUACUUGUAUAAAAUUACCACAUUUUUGCUAAUAUAAAAUGAUUUUGCCCUUUGUAGUUUUCCAUGCUCCUCCAUGGUACAAUGCAGAGGUCAAAGGUCACCUAAGGUUGCCAAUUUGACCCUGCCAAAGACUCACAUAUGGCAAAAUGUGAAAUAAACUUUCUGGUCAAACUGUAUUCUCUGGUUGCUAUAUGUGAGAAUUAACUAUUAAAUUCUCAGCGGCAACAAAACACUUUUCCCUAUAUCCCAACUCUAUUACACUGUCUGCACACCAUCUCUGAAGGUUUGUCAAUACUCACGUGACCAGAAAAAUAUUUGGUUCAACUUUCUAACCCUUCCUUCCUAUUGGGUGUUUUUAUUUUGUGAAUAUCUGUAUUCAUGGUAUGAGUGCUAAGUUUGGGAGAAGCUGGUUAAAAAAAAAUGGAGAAAGGCUAAUAACUUUACAAAGGCUGAGUCAGCGAUUUGAAGAGCUAAGCUUUUAAUCAACCUGAAAAUGGUGCAGCGUUAUAAAUGGCAAGAUCACUCCGAGUGAACUGCUGAAUGCACUGCGGACGUCCUUGUUACGUCCUUACAGUACAGCAAAAGCUUUUUGCUGUCUCAUUCUUGGCAUCAUAAAUCAGACUGGCCUUGAUUUUACAUUAUACUGCUUCCCAUAUGUGUCACCGUACCCAAUAUAUAUGACUGGCAACUGAGACAUUUUCAUCAUAAAUGCCUAACGGGGCUGGAUGUUGUUGGGGGGCAACAGGUCUUACCAGGUUGUUCUCAGUCUCUUGUUCGACCUGCUGUUGGUCCUGUGACUCUGCAGGCCACGUGACUCACGGUCCAGGUUGGAGUGUGGUCUUCAAGAUGAUUACUGGUCAUCACACCAUUAUCACCGACAGGUGACAUGUGAGGCAAGAGGGGGGCUACAACAUGUACACUCACAUAGUAUCGAAUGAUCAUUUCUUUUACAAAAUGCUAGCAAAAACCUUAAGGCCACUUUACAGUCCUGCUACAGCUGCAGGGGACUUAAUGUGUUGAGCUUCUCCAUCUACUGGUGAGGAAAUGUUUUACAGGGCAGUCAUGCUUCAGCCGUUUCUGUCAUCCUGUAAACAUUCACUGCAUGUAGUCUUUGGGAAAAACAAGCCGUGUAGAAGCUCCAGCUUAUUCAGUAAAAUUCUCUGUAUGUUGACA